AUGCAUCCGCGGGUCCCCAGGGAGCUGGUGGGUGUAGUUGCUAAGCCUCUCUCUGUCAUAUUUGAGAAGUCGUGGCAGUCCGGUGAAGUUCCCUCUGACUGGAAGAGGGGAAACCCCAGCAAGACCACGGAGCAGAUCCUCCUGGAAACUGUGCUAAGGCCCGUGGAAAAUAAGGAGGUGAUUGGUGACAGCGAACAGGGCUUCACUAAAGGCAGAUCGUGCCUGAAAAACCUGGGGGCCUUCUACAAUGGGGUUACAGCACUGGUGGAUAGGGGAGGAACAACUGACAUCAUCUACCUGGACUUGCGUAAAGCACUUGAUGCUGUCCCCCAUGCAUCCCUCCGCCCCUGGGGCAAAGGCGCAGGAGGAGGGACCUGUCACCCCCGGCACUGCCGAAACGUCCCUUCCUCUGCCAGCAGCUCGGGGACUCGAGCAGCCAUGGAGCCCUCCCGGUGGAUCGCAGCCUGGCUGCUCCUUCUCCAGGCCUGCACCCCAGGAUGCUCACAGCAGGCCGUGUCCCCCAGGACCGACAUUCGGGACUGCUCUGUGGACCCACCGUACCUGCCCCCCACGGCCACCAACACCACGGCGCGGCUCGCCGCUCUGCGGGAUGCCAUGCGCGCCCACAGCAUCCACGCCUACAUCGUGCCCUCCACGGAUGCCCACAUGAGCGAGUACAUCGCCGAGCGGGAUUCCCGUCUGGGCUGGCUGACCGGCUUCACCGGCUCUGCGGGCACCGUCGUGGUGACACAGGACAGGGCGGCCCUGUGGACCGACAGCCGCUACUGGACGCAGGCAGAGCGGCAGCUGGACUGCAACUGGGAGCUGCAGAGGACAACAUGGAUCAAGUACAUUGGGCAGUGGAUCCUGGAGUCGGUUCCUGCAGGGGGCAAUGUCAGCCUGGACCCGUUCCUCUUCUCCAUCGACACCUGGAACAGCUACAGCCAGGCUCUACAGGGCUCUGGCAGGGCCUUGCUGCCCAUGGAGACCAACCUCGUGGACCAAGUGUGGGGCGACCAGAGACCCCCUCCGGCCUCCAGCGAGAUCUACAGCCUCCCGGCAGAGUUCACGGGGAGCAGCUGGCAGGAGAAGGUGGCCGGGAUCCGGCAGCAGAUGGAGGAGCACACCCAGAGCCCCACGGCCGUGCUGCUCUCCGGGCUGGAGGAGACCGCCUGGCUCUUCAACCUCCGUGGAGAUGACAUCCCCUACAACCCUGUCUUCUACUCCUACACACUGCUGACCAGCACCAACAUAAGCCUGUUCGUGGACGAGGCGCGCCUGACGGCAGAGGCACGGCAGUCCCUGCGGGCUGACUGCCCCGGGCCGCUCUGCGUGGAGCUGCGGAACUACAGCCAGGCACGUGCCCACCUCCAGCGCUACGCCCAGGGCAACGUCACGGUCUGGCUCGGCACCGAGUACACCACCUACGGCCUCUACAGCGUCGUUCCCCAGGAGAAGCUGGUGGAGGACAGCUACUCCCCGGUGAUGCUGGCCAAGGCUGUGAAGAACGAGAAGGAGCAGGAGCUGUUGCGAGCUGCUCACGUUCGGGACGCGGUGGCUGUCAUCCAGUACCUGCUGUGGUUGGAGAAGAUGGUGCCGCAGGGGCAGGUGGACGAGUUUUUGGGUGCCCGCCACAUCGAUGCCCUCCGACGGGCCCAGCAGCACAGCCACGGGCCCAGCUUCGAGUCCAUCUCUGCCAGCGGGCUCAACGCGGCACUCGCCCACUACAGCCCAUCCAACACCAGCAGACGGAAGCUGUCGGUGGAUGAGAUGUACCUGUCGGACACCGGCGGGCAGUACCUGGAUGGCACCACAGACAUCACGCGGACCAUGCACUGGGGCACCCCGACCCCACUCCAGAAGGAAGCCUACACCCGCGUGCUGAUGGGCAACAUUGACCUCUCCCGCCUCGUCUUCCCGCCCAACACGGCCGGGAGAAACGUGGAGUCCUUCGCCCGCCGGGCGCUCUGGGACGUGGGGCUCAACUACGGCCACGGGACCGGCCACGGCAUCGGCAACUUCCUCUCGGUCCAUGAGUGGCCCGUGGGUUUCCAGUCCAACAACGUGCCGCUGACUGCAGGCAUGUUCACGUCCAUCGAGCCCGGCUACUACCGGGAUGGAGAGUUCGGGAUCCGCAUCGAGGACAUCGCGCUCGUGGUGGAGGCGCAGACCAAGCACCCCACCGGGGAGGAGCCCUUCCUGACCUUCGAGGUGGUGUCGCUGGUGCCCUACGACCGCAACCUCAUCGACGUCAGCCUCCUGUCGCAGGAGCAGAUAAAGUACCUGAACGCCCACUAUGAGACCAUCCGGGCACGUGUGGGGCCGGAGCUGCAGCGGCAGCAGCUGGAGGAGGAGUACCGCUGGCUGCAGAGGAACACCGAGCCCUUCCCGCUGGCCAGCACCAGCACCACCACCGCCACCACGCUGGGCACGCUGGCCAUCAGCUCGCUUGUCUCCAUGCUGCUCACUGAGCUGCAGGCCUGA